AUCAAGAAUGCCCCACGAUUAGAACUCCCAAUAACGAAACGACGUAAUUUAGGGUCAAAGCAUCAGCAACGUCAACAAUCUGUCUACUAUCUUCUAAUCAACCUGCCUUGGCCCUGGCUAUACAUCCGUAGACGGCCCGCUUGGGGGGGCCGUACUCCAUCACUAUGAGUUCCUUAAAACAGUUUAUCCGUAAUGUGCGCGCCACGAAGACGAUUGCCGAUGAACGUGCCGUCAUUCAGAAAGAAAGCGCUGCCAUUCGAGCCAGUUUUCGCGAAGAGAGCCAUGACCACAACGUGAGGCGAAACAAUGUUGCGAAACUACUUUAUCUCUUCACGCUCGGCGAGAAGACCCAUUUCGGCCAGAUAGAGUGUAUAACGCUGCUCGCUUCACCGCGAUUUGCCGACAAACGUCUGGGCCAUCUAGCGACCAGUCUUCUGCUAGAUGAAAAGCAAAGCGUCCUUACACUAGUCACCAACUCUCUUAAAAGUGACUUAGGCCAUUCGAACCAGUAUAUCGUCGGGCUCGCCCUCUGUACCCUAGGGAACAUUGCUUCUAUUGAUAUGUCUCGAGACUUGUUCCCCGAAAUUGAGAAUCUGAUAUCCACCGCCAACCCUUACAUUCGAAGAAAAGCCGCGCUCUGUGCUAUGCGGAUAUGCAGAAAGGUGCCUGAGCUACAGGAACAUUUUGUCGAAAAAGCUUCACAGCUUUUGUCGGACCGGAAUCAUGGCGUUUUACUCUGCGGCCUAACGCUGAUUACGAGCAUGUGCGAAGCCGAGGAGGAAGAGGGUACUGACGAAGGCAUUAUUGAGAAAUUCAAGCAGUUCGUUCCACUGCUUGUAAGGACAUUGAAGGGGCUUGCAACAUCUGGCUAUGCCCCAGAACAUGAUGUCAUGGGUAUUACCGACCCUUUCUUGCAGGUCAAGAUUCUUCGCCUCCUGCGUGUACUUGUUCGUGGAGACGCUGAAGGCACUGAGCAAAUCAAUGAUAUAUUGGCGCAAGUAGCCACGAACACCGAUUCAUCCAAGAAUGUGGGCAAUUCGAUAUUAUACGAGGCUGUACGUACGAUUCUUGACAUUGAGGCUGACUCUGGCUUGAGAGUGCUUGGCGUCAACAUCCUUGGCAAGUUCCUUACAAACAGGGACAACAACAUCAGAUAUGUGGCCCUAAACACAUUAAUUAAAGUGGUAGCGAUUGAGCCCAAUGCCGUCCAACGACAUCGUAACACUAUCCUCGAGUGUUUGCGAGACCCGGAUAUCAGUAUAAGGAGACGAGCUCUUGAUCUCAGUUUCACACUCAUCAAUGAGAGCAACGUUCGUGUACUCAUUCGCGAACUACUCGCAUUCUUAGAAGUUGCGGACAACGAAUUCAAACCUAGCAUGACGAGCCAAAUCGGUAUUGCUGCUGACCGAUACUCUCCUAACAAGCGGUGGCAUGUAGACACAAUGCUGCGAGUGCUAACACUUGCCGGGAACUACGUGAAAGAACCUAUCCUUGCCUCGUUCGUUCGACUCGUAGCUACCACACCAGAGUUACAGACCUAUGCUGUACAGAAACUGUACAUCAGUCUGAAGAAAGAUAUCACCCAAGAGAGUCUGACGCAAGCUGCCGCUUGGUGCAUUGGAGAGUACGGAGAUUCCUUGCUAAGGGGAGGCCAAUACGAGGAGGAAGAGCUAGUACAAGAAGUCAAGGAACAUGAAAUCGUUGAUCUAUUCACAACUAUCCUCAACAGCAGUUAUGCGACGCAAAUCACCACACAGUACAUUGUCACAGCGCUCAUCAAGCUCAGCACUCGACUGUCUGAUGCCUCACAAGUCACACGGCUGCAGCAUUUGUUGCAACAAUACCAGACUACGCUAGACGUCGAGGUCCAACAGAGAGCUGUAGAGUAUGGCAAUCUCUUUGCUUUCGACGAAAUUCGACGCGGUGUUUUUGAGAAGAUGCCUCCGCCUCAGAUCAAAGAAGAGUCUCGGGUCCUCGGCGAAGCCACCAAGAAGGCUAAGAAGGGUGCCAAUCGCAAAUCGAAGCUCGUCGCCAAACCCACAACAGAUCAAGAUCUGUUAGAUCUCAUGGGGGAUAGCACAUCUGCACCCAUGACUUCACCCACAAACGGGGCACCAAGCAAUACAGAUCUUCUCGCCGACAUACUCGGUGGAAGUGCAUCACCGACUACUUCUCCGCCACCCCAGUCCGCUACUAAUGCGUCAAUAAUGGAUCUCUUUUCUCAAGGCCCAGCUCCUUCAACACCAAGUCCUGCGCCCCCCAGUUCCGGCUUAGAUGUGUUUGGAGCACCUCCACCCCAGCAACCAGUCGCUGCUGCCUCUCCCGCAGGGCUACCAUGUUAUGAUACAAACGGCGUGAAGGUCGUUCUCUACCUCCAACGUAAUGCUGAAGGAGCCGUGCAGGUGACGGCGCGAUUUUCGAAUUCUUCGGGUACUCAAUUAUCGGAUGUUGGCCUACAAGCCGCUGUGCCAAAGACACAGAAGUUACAGCUCAUGAGUAUCUCUAACCCGAAUAUCGCUCCAGGCGGCGAAGCAACGCAAAUGAUGAGAAUUAUGGGUAGCAAAGGACCUCUACGGCUAAUGUUGCGAGUUGGCUACAAACACCCAUCAGCUGGUCAGGUGAUGGAUCAAGUGAAAUGGACGGAACCUUCUUAAGCUGUCGAUAAGCGAAUAGGUACUGCCCGAAGAGCUGGAUUAAGUCAUUUUGGAGAGGAGACAGCAGCAUCGUAUUUGUAAACACUGGGAUAGGCUGAGUGUUAUUAUGAGCUCACUGGCGGCUCAGCUAACAGCAGGGUUUGUUGAUCGGGGGUUGGGGGUAAAAAUAUAUCAAAUAGAAACCGGAAUUAUAUUCCACUUGUGUUCUGGCUACGAUUUGGGUAUUCUCACAACUGUGGUUAUUGUGAUGAGCGUAGGAAUUGUG